UUCGCGAGUCAAAAUGUUCGUAUGAUCGGGUAUGAUAGCCUGACGAAGUCUGAGGUCGGCCAGGACGAUAUUGAGUGACUGAGACGGAUGUAAAGUCGGGGCUGUUGGCAAAAAUAAUCACAGGUGUGCAGAGGAAGAAGCGCAGGAACGAGCGCCCACUUCGCUGUACAAUGUACAAUGUAGGAAUUACGUGCCAGUGCCGCGAGGGAGAGUCACUACUGCAACGAGAGGCGUGAGGCGAUAGGCGAGGUACUAGGCACCGCAUCAAUAAUAAUAUUAACCACUGGCAGGGCGCCUCCCACUAAAUUAAAUAAUACUGGGGCACUGUCACUGGCACUGGCGCUGGCGCGGCGCAGGCAGCUUCACGCUUCUCGGCCUCAGGCUCCCUACAAAACUGCUAUUUCACAGCUCUGCCGCCCCCCGUACCAGGUACCCAAUCAAUCCAAUCAAAACCCAGCAUUGGCCAACUUCAAGUCCAGGUCAUCAACGUCAAUUCUACACACUACGCCGGUCGCUUUGCAUGAAUUGAAGUCGAAGUCGACGUCGACUGCUGCAUUCCUCGUCCGGCUCGCGGCGUCCUACGACUUCCUCCUUUGAUAGCAGCCCUCGACCAUGUUUUCCCGACGAGCCUUGAUCACGGCCUCGAGGUCCGCCCGCACCCUCGGCCGCACGCAGUCACACCUUCCACGAGCUCCGUUCUCGGUCGCCCGGAGUCUCAGAGCAGUUGGAGAGGUGGAUGACCCGGAGAUGAAUGGAGGAUACAUCAACCCGCCCCGGAUCAAGCGCCAAUACCGCGACCCCUACGGCGACUGGGACGACAAGCAAGAACGACGCAACUUUGGCGAGCCGGUGCAUGAAGACAAUGAGGUCCUGGGCAUGUUUGCUCUAGAAGAUUACAACCAUAUGACACCAGCUCGAGGUCUACUGUUAUGGGCCGGCUUUAUCUCUGUGAUACUCGGCCUCAGCUACGCUGUGACCGUGACCUAUCCGGGCAAACCAAGCGCGCCGAAAGAAUACCCAGGAGGUCUGGAUCGUGAACUAGGGGGCCCUGGAGCUGUGAGGGCAUUUCAGACUGGCGACGAGGUGACAGAAGGAGUAUGAUUUUAUGAUUUUGUACAUACUCCAACAAUAAGCACAUCAUAUUCAGCGCAGAAGGCAAACUGCCUAGUACCAACCGCCGAGUCAUUGAUUUCUUCUCGUUCUUCUAUUGUGUCUGCCCCUAGUCUGUUAUGAAAGGUCCGCUAGCGAUGCUGUUUCUCUCCCUGCAAACGACCUUGGCACAGGUCUGAAAUUGAAGCGCCUGCAACGUGAUUUCAUAUGCAACUUUUGCCUGGGGCCGCUAACCCCGGGCUAGCUGGCACUAUGAUGGUUGAUGCGAUUGAGCAAUUCAAGUCACUUGCCCAGAUUGGAAGCCGCAUAGUCUGAGCCGGGACAGCUUUGGCCCUCCCAGGCAUGAGAACCUAGGUACCUCGACUUGAAGUGGCAGAGCAUAAUAUGUUGAAAUACUAGAACAUGGGCUGCCAUGAAAUAUAAGAUAACCACCUUCUUGCAACAUACCAAUCGUAGAUAUUGCAUAAAGUAUAUAAAGUAUAAGAAAGACAGCCAAAAC